AUAAAACCUUUGCACCGCGCUCCCCAAGUUUGCCGCUCCGGUGCGGAAAGCUGGGCCGAGCGGGGGUGGGGAGGGUCUCCAGUCCCAGACGCUGCGCUCGGGGCUUCUGCCCAGUUUCCUGCCUCGGAGUCGCCGCGUCCGCCCCAGCCCAGAGCACCAGAGCAGUUUGUGCAAUUUAGAAACUCGAUAGGAGGCAGCAGCUGAUGAUCUCCCACUACCCCUAAAAAUAAUCCACUCCGGCGCCCUGCGUCCUUCGGCUAGGGGAGGAAAUCUCUGCCUUCGGAGAGUUCUGCUUCUCGGUUUGAAACGUACACUUAACACAUUGUAGGAAGCCGGUGUUUUGAAGGUAGCACAAGUGCACCAGUAGGAAUUGGAAGCAGCUUCAAGCGAUUGCCCAAGGAAAAAAUAUUGUUCGUGAUCAUUGCUAAAUCAAUUAUCAAUGAAAGGGAAGAGAGAAAAGAAUAAACCAUAUAAGAAGAAAUGAGCCUUUCAUUCUGUGGUAACAACAUUUCUUCAUAUGAUAUCUGCAAUGGUGUAUUACAAAAUCCCUGCUUUGUGGAUGCCCUCAACCUGGUUCCUCAUGUCUUCCUGUUGUUUAUCACUUUUCCAAUAUUGUUUAUUGGGUGGGGAAGUCAAAGCUCAAAAGUACAAAUUCAUCACAACACAUGGCUUCACUUUCCUGGACAUAACCUGAGAUGGAUUCUUACAUUUGCUCUCCUAUUUGUGCAUGUUUGUGAAAUAGCAGAAGGCAUAGUUUUAGAUUCACGGCGGGAUUCACGACAUCUCCACCUCUUCAUGCCGGCCGUGAUGGGAUUUGUGGCCACUACAACGUCAAUAGUAUAUUAUCAUAAUAUCGAAACAUCAAAUUUUCCUAAAUUACUCUUAGCCCUAUUCCUAUAUUGGGUAAUGGCCUUUAUUACGAAAACCAUAAAAUUGGUCAAGUACUGGCAGUCUGGUUGGGGAGUAUCAGACCUGCGUUUCUGCAUUACAGGCAUAAUGGUCAUCUUGAAUGGACUCCUGAUGGCUGUGGAGAUCAACGUCAUCAGGGUCAGAAGAUAUGUGUUCUUCAUGAAUCCUCAGAAAGUAAAACCUCCUGAAGACCUCCAGGAUCUGGGUGUGAGAUUUCUUCAACCAUUUGUGAAUUUACUGUCAAAAGCAACCUACUGGUGGAUGAAUACCCUUAUCAUAUCUGCUCAUAAAAAGCCUAUUGACCUGAAAGCAAUCGGAAAAUUACCAAUAGCGAUGAGGGCAGUAACAAAUUACGUUUGCCUGAAAGAUGCAUAUGAAGAACAAAAGAAAAAAGCAGCAGAUCAUCCAAAUCGGACUCCAUCUAUAUGGCUAGCAAUGUACAGAGCUUUUGGGCGACCGAUUCUGCUUAGCAGCACAUUCCGUUAUCUUGCUGACUUACUGGGUUUUGCUGGACCUCUCUGUAUUUCUGGAAUAGUUCAGCGUGUCAAUGAAACCCAGAAUGGGACAAAUAACGCAACAGUAAUUUCAGGAACCCUCUCAUCAAAGGAAUUUCUUGAAAAUGCUUAUGUUCUAGCAGUUCUUCUUUUCUUGGCCCUUAUUCUGCAAAGGACAUUUUUGCAGGCUUCUUACUAUGUAACAAUAGAGACUGGCAUUAACCUCCGUGGAGCUCUGCUGGCCAUGAUCUACAAUAAAAUCCUUAGGCUCUCUACGUCGAAUUUAUCCAUGGGUGAGAUGACCCUGGGACAGAUCAAUAACUUGGUUGCCAUUGAAACCAAUCAACUCAUGUGGUUCUUGUUCCUGUGUCCCAAUCUAUGGGCUAUGCCUGUUCAGAUCAUAAUGGGAGUGAUUCUGUUGUAUAAUUUACUUGGAUCAAGUGCAUUGGUUGGUGCAGCUGUCAUCGUGCUGCUUGCGCCAAUUCAGUACUUCAUUGCUACAAAGUUGGCAGAGGCUCAGAAGAGCACUCUUGAUUAUUCCACUGAAAGACUGAAGAAAACCAAUGAAAUAUUGAAAGGCAUCAAACUUCUGAAGUUGUAUGCCUGGGAGCACAUCUUUUGCAAAAGUGUAGAAGAAACAAGAAUGAAAGAACUAUCCAGUCUCAAAACCUUUGCCCUUUAUACAUCACUCUCCAUCUUCAUGAAUGCAGCAAUUCCCAUAGCAGCUGUUCUUGCUACGUUUGUGACCCAUGCAUAUGCCAGCGGGAACAAUCUAAAACCUGCAGAGGCCUUUGCUUCACUGUCUCUCUUUCAUAUCCUGGUCACUCCACUGUUCCUGCUCUCCACAGUGGUCAGAUUUGCAGUCAAAGCCAUUAUAAGUGUUCAAAAGCUGAAUGAGUUUCUCUUGAGUGAUGAGAUUGGUGAGGACAGCUGGCGAACUGGUGAAAGUUCAGUUCCUUUUGAGUCCUGUAAGAAACAUACUGGAGUACAGCCGAAAACUAUAAACAGGAAACAGCCUGGAAGAUAUCACCUGGACAGCUAUGAGCAAUCAACACGACAUCUCCGUCCUGUAGAGACAGAGGAUAUUGCAAUAAAGGUCACAAAUGGGUACUUUUCAUGGGGCAGUGGUUUAGCUACAUUAUCGAAUAUAGAUAUUCGAAUUCCAACAGGUCAGUUAACCAUGAUUGUGGGCCAGGUGGGAUGCGGGAAGUCCUCUCUACUCCUUGCCAUCCUCGGUGAGAUGCAGACACUGGAAGGAAAAGUUCACUGGAGCAAUCGGAGCAGGUAUUCUGUGGCUUAUGCAGCUCAAAAGCCUUGGCUAUUAAAUGCUACAGUAGAAGAAAAUAUUACCUUUGGAAGUCCUUUCAACAAGCAGAGGUAUAAAGCUGUCACAGAUGCCUGUUCUCUUCAGCCAGAUAUUGACUUACUACCAUUUGGAGACCAAACUGAAAUUGGAGAGAGGGGCAUUAACCUGAGUGGGGGUCAGAGACAAAGAAUCUGUGUGGCACGAGCUCUCUAUCAAAAUACCAACAUUGUCUUCUUGGAUGAUCCAUUCUCUGCCCUGGACAUUCACUUGAGUGAUCACUUAAUGCAGGAAGGGAUUUUGAAAUUUCUCCAAGAUGACAAGAGGACACUCGUGCUUGUGACUCACAAAUUACAGUAUCUAACGCAUGCUGACUGGAUCAUAGCCAUGAAAGAUGGAAGUGUACUAAGAGAAGGGACUUUGAAGGACAUUCAAACCAAAGAUGUUGAGCUCUACGAACACUGGAAAACACUUAUGAAUCGACAAGAUCAAGAAUUAGAAAAGGAUAUGGAAGCUGACCAAACAACUUUAGAGAGGAAAACUCUCCGAAGAGCCAUGUAUUCAAGAGAGGCCAAAGCCCAAAUGGAAGAUGAAGAUGAAGAGGAAGAAGAGGAGGAAGAUGACGAUGACAAUAUGUCCACUGUAAUGAGGCUGAGAACUAAAAUGCCGUGGAAAACCUGUUGGCGGUACCUCACUUCUGGAGGGUUCUUUUUGCUCUUCCUGAUGAUUUUCUCAAAGCUUUUGAAGCAUUCAGUCAUCGUAGCUAUAGAUUACUGGCUGGCCACAUGGACAUCGGAGUACAGUAUAAACAGUACUGGGAAAGCUGAUCAGACCUACUAUGUGGCUGGAUUUAGCAUACUUUGUGGAGCAGGUAUUUUCCUCUGCCUUGUUACAUCCCUCACUGUAGAAUGGAUGGGUCUCACAGCUGCAAAAAAUCUUCACCACAACCUCCUCAAUAAGAUAAUUCUUGGACCAAUAAGAUUCUUUGAUACCACACCCCUGGGACUGAUUCUCAACCGCUUUUCAGCUGAUACAAAUAUCAUUGAUCAGCACAUCCCUCCGACUUUGGAAUCUCUCACUCGCUCAACACUGCUCUGCCUGUCUGCCAUCGGCAUGAUUUCUUAUGCCACCCCUGUGUUCCUGGUCGCUCUUGUGCCUCUUGGGGUUGCCUUUUAUUUUAUCCAGAAGUACUUCCGAGUGGCCUCUAAGGACCUCCAGGAGCUUGACGAUAGUACCCAGCUCCCUCUGCUUUGCCACUUCUCAGAAACAGCUGAAGGACUCACCACCAUUCGGGCAUUUAGGCAUGAAACCAGAUUUAAGCAACGUAUGCUGGAAUUGACAGACACAAACAACAUUGCCUACUUAUUUCUCUCAGCUGCCAACAGAUGGCUAGAGGUCAGAACGGAUUAUCUGGGAGCUUGCAUUGUCCUCACUGCGUCUAUUGCAUCCAUUAGUGGGUCUUCCAAUUCUGGAUUGGUGGGCUUAGGUCUUCUGUAUGCACUUACGAUAACCAAUUAUUUGAAUUGGGUUGUGAGGAACUUGGCUGACUUGGAGGUCCAGAUGGGGGCAGUGAAGAAAGUGAACAGUUUCUUGACUAUGGAGUCUGAGAACUAUGAAGGCACCAUGGAUCCUUCUCAAGUUCCAGAACAUUGGCCACAGGAAGGGGAGAUCAAGAUUCAUGAUCUGUGUGUCAGAUAUGAAAAUAAUCUGAAGCCUGUUCUUAAACACGUCAAAGCUUACAUCAAACCUGGGCAAAAGGUGGGCAUAUGUGGUCGCACUGGCAGUGGGAAGUCAUCAUUAUCUCUGGCUUUCUUCAGAAUGGUUGAUAUAUUUGAUGGAAAGAUUGUCAUUGAUGGGAUCGACAUUUCAAAACUACCACUGCACACACUACGUUCUAGACUUUCAAUCAUUCUCCAAGAUCCAAUACUAUUCAGCGGUUCUAUUAGAUUUAAUUUAGAUCCAGAGUGCAAAUGCACAGAUGACAGACUCUGGGAAGCUCUAGAAAUUGCUCAGCUGAAGAAUAUGGUCAAAUCUCUACCAGGAGGUCUAGAUGCAGUUGUCACAGAAGGUGGGGAGAAUUUUAGUGUUGGACAAAGGCAGCUGUUUUGCCUGGCGAGGGCCUUUGUCCGCAAGAGCAGCAUUCUCAUCAUGGAUGAAGCCACAGCUUCCAUUGACAUGGCCACAGAAAACAUUUUGCAGAAAGUGGUAAUGACAGCUUUUGCAGACCGCACCGUUGUUACAAUAGCUCAUCGGGUUCACACUAUUCUGACAGCAGACCUAGUUAUUGUGAUGAAGCGAGGAAAUAUUUUAGAAUAUGACACUCCAGAAAGCCUCUUGGCACAGGAAGAUGGUGUAUUUGCUUCUUUUGUUCGUGCAGACAUGUGAAGGGAUGUCUUAAAAUGAUACAAGUAUUUAAAAUAAUGGAGUCAUAACCUACUUAAUGGAUCAUCAGCUUGACCUUCAUAAAGUGCCAUCUUAAACUUUUACCCAUUUUUAAUAAAGCUUGUUUGUUACAUUGUAGAACUUUGUAAUUAGUAACAAUGUCACUUUACCAGUGAAUAUUGUAUUUCCUAUUUCUUCUUCCUAGUUUUUGUUUUGUUUUCCAAGAUAUUACUGCCUAAUAUAUUCAUUGCUAAUGUUUUUCUAAUGAUUAAGCUACUCUACCUUUAAGAAUAGCAUGUUGUAUUAAAUCAUGUAAGCUAUUUUAAGUAUUAAGUCAACAGGUAUGUUUUCUCAUAAUUUUAAGUCUGGUAAAUAUCUGUCAGGCUUAGAAGUUACAAUGAGUAUUCAGUAUUAUUACACUUAUUUGUAAGAAUAUAUUUUCCUUUUUCUUGUUGUUUCCAGAUGUCACUGGAUGAGAAUGAAAGGACAAGUUUUCUAAUCAGUUAGAAAAUGAAACACUCAAAUUCAUUGUCUACUCUAUGGGAAUAUUUUCUGUAUUCACUGACAUUAGUAAUACUGAUGUUUCCUUUAGCAGUCUCUCUCUCUUUUUUCUUUCAUCUAAAUUGUUUCCUAUCACCAAGAAAUUAUCACAUUUAUAGUAGCUCCGUAAAGCCAAAGCCUUAACUAGGAAGAUCAUGAAAAGAGUUUGAAUAUUUGAAAAAUGAUUCUCAAGUUUCCAUUUUAACCUGUCUGGUAAGAAGAUAGCUGUGCCUUUUCUAGACUGAAGUUCAAAGAGUAAUUAUGUCCAAUCCUUCAGUGGCAGGCUAGCUAAAGCUUUCUAUGAUUUAAUUCAUCAUUAGAUAUAGUUAGGAUCCUAAGCCCUAAAAUUCCACAUUAUUCAAGAUUCAGGAGCAUAGGCAACUGGUCUUAUUUGCACAGGACAUAUGUAUGUGCCUUUUUUCUAGGGGAAGAGUGUACUUCUUUUAGCAAUGUAUGCCCAGUAGUGUCACACAUGUAUCCAUUUGCUCCUGCUGUAAUUUAAUGUGCAUAUAAAAAGUGCAUCAAAAAUGUUAUUCUAAUUGUAAUGUGCAUGGUAAGAGUACAUCAAAUAUUGAUGGGAUGUGAGUGUUAUGUUUUCGUAAAUGUAAAUUGAUAAAUUCAAAAAUACUAAAAGUUACCUUCACUGUCAUGCUAGCAGCCAAAGCUUUUGACUACUAAUUCUGUGCCCAUCUAGUACAAAUAUCAUUGAUUUUUAUAUGAGGAUCUGCAUGCAUUGUAAAAUUUGAAGAAUUAUGAUUGGUGGAAAAAGAAUUUAUACUCCCUUCCUAUAGUUCUUGUGUUCAGUUUAUUGUAUAGUAUAUUCACUCUUGGAAAAUCUACAAUACUUAUCCAGAAUAUAUGACUGGGUCUUCACCUGAAUAUAGAGUCCUGAUGUUUACUUAAAAUAAAUUCCACAAGGACGGACAAAAAUGCUUUUUUGUUAUUUAGCUUAAAUUUUCACCCAUUGUUGUAUAUGUAAAAAUUCUUUGGGAGGGAAAUCUUAUUUUUUUUUUGAAAGCUAAGCAAACAGAAUCAAUAACUAUUAAUUUGAUCUUGAAAAUAUUUUCUAAAAAUUCCACCAAUCUCCACAAAGUAUUUCUGGCAUCAAAUGUCUUGUAAGUCUGAAUUUGCAUGAUGCUUGUUAUCAAGUUGUAUCUCAUUCUCAGAGACAAAUGAGGAUUUACCUAUAGAAAUAAUCCCUCACAAUAUUUGUAAAUUAUACCACUAUACAGGCAAUGACAGUAGAAGCAUAUCUAAUUACACUAAACUGAGAAUCAUGUUUAUCAUUCUUUCAUUCUAGUGGUCACUGAUUCCCUCAUAACUUUUCGUCACUUAAGUUGAGUAAGUGUGUAAUUGUUUACAAAACUAAAUUGACCGAAUAAAGUCGGGGAUGAUUUUUUUAAUUCUUUAAUUAUUUACUAUGUUAUAUGUAUGAUCUAUUGAAUAUAGAAAUGACUUAUCCUGAAAUAUAUUUUUACUGAAAAGAUAUAUAUCUAUAAAAAAACCAGCCUCAGCAAAUCAAAUUUUACAGUCUCAAAUUUUACAUUUAAUUAACCAAGUCAAUUUUACAAAUUCUAAUUCCUUAACAUUUGUUAAAAGCAUUGUUAAAAGCAUGAAAACUUAUAUGAAAAUAACAAGGUUACUGAUUAUCACUGAGAAAGAAAAAAUAUUUCUCUUAAAGGAUUGUGCAUCCUCACCUUUUAUGCUACUACUGAUAGUCCAUUU